UAGUUCAUUCCAACAACAUUUAUAUUAAAGCAUGUUAUUAUCAGACACGUUUUGUAAACAAAGAAUGAGGAACUGAGAUAGUUAACGAUACGCGCAUCCGUACAUAAAACAUACACAAUAUACACUAUUUUAUACAAUUAUGAUUCGUGUUAGAUAACUGUAUCUCUAGGAUGUUAAUUAUUUUGCUGUGCUUUGGAUAUACGUUUAGUCAGGAGCUAGCCGCUUGUGAUAGCCAGAUUUACUGUGAUGGACCAUUGUUACAUGCUGUACAAAUGGCCAAGAUAUUUCCAGAUGGGAAAACCUUUGUUGACAUGAGUAUGAAAGAAAGUCCAGAUGUAAUAAUCUCAGCAUUUAACAACUUAACAAACCAGUCUACGACCACAUUGAAAAACUUUGUCUCUAUGUACUUUACUGGACCUGGUGAAGAAUUAGAAACAUGGGCUCCAACAGAUUAUGUUAAAUUACCACGUUUUCUAAAUGACAUAAAAGACCCCCAACUUAAAGACUUUGGAUGGGACCUUUGUCGAAUUUGGAAAGAUCUGGGAAGAAAGGUAAAAGACGACGUGAAGAUAAAUCCAGAUCGAUAUUCGAUGAUCUAUUUACCGAAACCCUUUAUUGUUCCUGGUGGUCGCUUCAGGGAGACAUUUUAUUGGGAUUCUUACUGGGUAAUUAAGGGAUUACUGGUAUGUGAAAUGAACACUACAGUCAAAGGAAUGAUGGAAAAUUUUAUACACUAUGUCAAAACUUUUGGCUUUAUACCUAACGGUGGGAGAACAUAUUUCACCAGAAGAUCGCAGCCUCCAUUUUUUAUUCCAAUGAUGUAUGAAUAUUAUAAGUCAACAGAUGAUCUUGAAUUCAUCAGAAAUAAUUUCCAUAUAUUAGAAGCUGAAUACGAAUUCUGGAUGAAAAACAGAACUAUAUCAGUUGAAAAGGAUCGAAAGAUGCAUAUAUUAAACCAGUAUCAAUCAGACGUAAUCAAACCAAGACCAGAGUCCUAUUUUGAAGAUGUAAAGACUGCAGAGCAAAGAAAUAUUGCUGACAGACCCAAACUGUAUUCAAACUUAGUUUCUGCCUGCGAGUCUGGUUGGGAUUUUUCUUCACGUUGGUUUUCCAGAGAAAAAGGAGAGAAUCUAACAAUGAAUACUAUAGCAACCAUGGACAUAAUUCCAGUUGACCUCAACAGUAUACUUUGUUUAAAUGAGAGGAUUUUAAUGACAUUCGCCGGAAUUAUUGGUGAUUCUACAAAAGAACAAUACUACCACCAAAAACUAACACAGCGUAAAGAAGCCAUCGAAGCUGUGUUAUACAAUAAAGAUGCAGGAAUAUGGCAAGACUUUUCACUACAUACCAAUAAAUCCAGAGAGUUUUUCUUCAUGUCUAAUAUUUUCCCUGUAUAUAUGGAGUGUACAGAUUUAACAAAUGAAAAGAAGGAAAAAAUAUUACAACAUCUACAGACUAAUAAAAUAACAGAAUACUUUUCGAAAGGGGGAGUUCCAACAUCUUUAGAUGACACGGGCCAACAGUGGGAUUUUCCAAACGGAUGGUCUCCACUACAACAGAUAAUGAUAUGGUCUUUGGAAAGUAUUCCCCAGACUAAGCAUCUGGCUCGAUCAUUAGCGUCAUCAUGGCUCGACAGCAACUUUUUAGGUUGGCAAAGAACAAGAGGCAUGUUUGAAAAGUAUAAUGUACUUGAGCCAGGAACUCGCGGUGGAGGAGGUGAAUAUGAUAUACAGGAAGGAUUUGGAUGGACAAAUGGUGUUGCAUUGGAAAUUCUGAAGAAAUAUGGUGACGUCAUCACGACUCCUGAUUCAAAUCCACAAUCAACGUGCAUAAAUGGUUGUGCUAUUUCUGAAUCAAACCUUUUAAUUGUUUUACUAGCUUAUAUUGUUUAUUCAAAUUAUAAGCCUUCUUGAUAUUGUUCCUUGUUACAUUAUUAAAGUUUCAAAAAUAGCA